CCUGGCUCAUUCGUCAUCCUCCGCUCCCCUGCAUGUCAUUACCUGCCACAUUUCUCAAGAGAGCGUCUAGUUUCGUAGAAAGCAGUCGACUCUGGAGCAGAAGCACGCAGGCUGUGGACCUCCACCUUCCACAGGUUCGGCCUUGAAGCAUGGAGAAGCUCAACUCCACGUGCCCCAGUUCCAACGGCGUGGCCUCUGCCUUCUACCUGAGCGACAGCGAGCCGGGCUCCCGCGUGGUGGUGGUGACGUGCGUCAUCAUCGCCGUCAGCCUCCCUGUGACGCUAGUCGCCAUCUACGCCGUCUACUCUCUGGUCCAGAAGGACAACGUUGCUCCGGUCUACGUCAUCAACCUGCUCAUUUCUGACCUCAUUCAGCUGUGCUCCAUGAUCGUGUCCGUGGCAGUAGCUUCCGACUCCAGGACCUUCGAGGCCUUCUUCUACGUCUACCACUUCAGCGUGACGGCCAGCGUGUGCUUCAUGGUUUGCAUCGCCAUGGAAAGGUACCUGGCCAUCGCCUGCCCUCUGUGGUACCGCUUCAAGCGAACCAUCAAGGUCUCGCUGGUGGUCUGUGCCGCCGCCUGGGCCUUUGCUCUCCUUUACGCCCUCUUGGCCUACUUCUAUUAUUACACCUGUUAUGUGGAUGCAGAAACCAUCUUUGAUGGCUUCUUCCUCGUCCCGUUUCCCCUGCUCCUCUUCUUUUUCUUUGGGUCUAUUAAAGCCCUGACGAGCGGCGGACGCAUGCUCUCUGAUGAGAAACGCAGGAUCCUGGCCCUUCUGGUUCUGGUGCUGCUGAUUUACACUCUGCUGUAUCUGCCCUCGGUCAUCUGGUCUCUGGCGGACAAAGCCACCGCCCGGAACCUCCUGAGCGAACUAUCGUACACUUUUAUUCUCUUCAGUCCCCUCGCAGACUCUUUUCUGUAUGUUUUUCUGAGGAAAGGAGCUGCAGACAAGCUUUUGGUUACGCUCUGUUGCUGCAGGAUGGACAACAAUGAUGUCACGACUUCGUCAGGAACAAGGUGAACGUACAGUACGUGGCGCUGAACACAGGAGAACGGGAGACAACAGGAAUAGUAGAUACAGAUAAAGUCAACGACGCCUGAGCCAAACAUGAUGAACCUCUGUUCCGUUGCUGGAAAACAGGCUCAUUUCAUUUUUUCAUUUUUUGUUUUUCUCAGUCGCUUUAGAACAAUUCUCAGAUCAGAAUUGAAGUUUGCAAAUAUAUGUGUGCAUUUCUCAAAACAAUUUGUACAAACAGCAAAACACUAUGGAUUUCUUGCAAAAGCCUGUCUAAUGCUCAAAAUCUUUAGUUCAUCUCUCAAAACUAAGUUUUUAUGUCAUUGAACGUAUCAGUGGCAUCAGAAUAUCAAGUCCUUGUGUCAUUGUCUACGAACAAGACAGUCAAAUUACUUAGUCAUGUUGUCAAUAUUACUGUGUCAUUUGGAGGGAGGUUCUGAUGUAAACUAUAGCUACAGUUUUGAUGACAAUUACUGUAAAAUGUAAGUUACACCUUUUUUUACACCAAGAGAGUGGACAAUGGCAGCCAGGAGGGUCAUUUGUUUAUGUGGCUGGUGAUCAUAACUUUCCAUCCUGAUGCCUGAUGCUGUUUGAGUGAUGAAAACUCACAUUCUCCCAAACUAUCACACACUUUGGCAGGUGAUCUCCACUCUGACCCCUCUCUUCUUCAGGGUUGAGAUCUCUGUAGAGAGUUUCUAGGAAGGUGAUAAGAUGCUCUGUGUUGUAUGGACCAAUCAUGGGAAUAUGUGAAGCACACUGUUGUCAGACAUAAUACAUUGUGUUGUGCUCAAGCCAUUCAUACAUAUAUACUUGCCAGUUGAUGAUUAUUGAGAUGCACCUUUGUUAGAGAAAGUCCAGUCACCUGAGAGCAAUUUACCAAAUCAAGAAAAAUCUAGAAAAAAACAUAUAAUGGAGAUGUAUAGAAAUAUGUUUUUUACAUUAUGACAACUCGGUCAACCAUUUUGCAGUUAAUGACUUAUACGAUGAAUAUGACUAGGUGUUUUGAGGAGUAGGACUAUUGCACAGUGAUACAUUUUGAUCAACAUGACAUAAACAAUUGAUAAAGUAGCAAAGAACAGGGAAUUGUACAUAAUCAUUUGAAUGGAUCUACCAAAGCAUUUGCAACUUGUUCAAAGAAGUGAGAAACUGCUUAUAUGAUGUGCACACGUGACAUCAUGAUGUGAAGAUUGAACAAAUAGUUUUGAGAAUUUCAUUCUGAUCUGCGAAUUGUACUAAAGCGACUGAGAAAAACUGUAAUGUGCAUGACCUGUUUUCUUUAUUUUUGUUUCUUGUGUAAAUAUUAUUCUAAAUAACAUACAGCAUGCAGGGUUUUUAAGUUUAUUGUUGGUAUUUUACUACACAGAUGAAAAACAUAAAAGAAUAUUAUGGCUCUAAUACUGUCUGAUUUUAAAAUCAGACACAAUAUUGAACUUGAACAUUUUAGGAUGUGACUAUGUGUUUUGUUUACACAGUGCAGCUUUGAAAUGACAGUAAUAACGUAGCAACGAAAAGUGGCAUUAGCUAGUUGGUUAUCAGAACGUGAUACCAACCACAACAACGUGAAACACAGUCAUAUAGUCGUUGCAGUAAUUAAAUAUCAGUUUAGUAAAUACGUCAAAGCUUCCUGCCAAAUGCCAGUGGGCACCGGAACCCAGGCUCAGUUCUGCUCGGCCCAGAAGAUGCAACAGCAGCUUGUCACUGAGGAAAGUUGACAUGAUGGAUCAGGAAGUGGACAAAAAAGACGGGAUGUGCUCUUAUGAACAUUCUUUUUGACACUUGACUAAUCUUCAGUCCUUAUGGAAGCUAAAGUAUGCAAAUACCGAAAGGUUACCAUGCUUUUUCUGUUUUUUUUUAUUAUUUUCCAUCUUUAUUGAACAUUAAUUGAAUGCUGAACCAACAUUUUUUAAACAAAUUCUCUCUUCUGA